UCCGGGUCCUAUUUCAAGAUGGUGGUCGCUAGGCUUAGGCGGUACUGCUACCUCUAAAAUUCGAUACCCUUGAAAGAGUACAUAUUGGUAAAAUUUGACAGAAGUAUUCGUGCAUCAUGAAGAAGACCCCCAAAAAGGAUGGAAGGGGGCAUAUUUUGAAAGGUCACAUAAAUUUGUCUACUGUUUAUUUAUAUUUGAAGAGCGGUCAAUAUCCACCAGGAUUGUCGGACUGUGACAAACGAGCGGUCAGGAAGAGAGCCAAAUCAUUCUCUUUAACAGGCGAGGAUUUGUAUUUCACCGAGCAGUGGAAAAAGACGAAUGCCGAGGAUGACAACGCCAAACAGACCGUGCCUCGAAAGGUCCUCAUCAGCGAGGAAGAACGGCGCAAAACGGUGUUGGAGGCACAUAUUGACCCGGAAGGAACCCACUAUGGUAUUGAAAAGACAACCAAUGCUGUCAGCAGUCGGUACUACUGGGUUGGUAUUUCCCACAUAGUUCGGGACAUCAUACACAACUGCCCCUACUGCCAAGCAUCUCGCAGCAACGUCAACUUGUCCAUCACACCCUCUCUGUCACGGCUGUUUGGCAUCAAGCAGGACCCAGAAGACGGGGACAAUGACGGAAACACCAGCAUGGUCUCCAGCACACCAAUGCAGCUGUUUCAAUCCGACAUGGAACCUGCCACUUACUUCUGGGAAAAGGUGGAGCUGCAGAUCCUCGGCCCGUACAUGUGUGGGAGGCGGUGGGUGUAUGUUGCCGUCUGCCUUGACAUCUUUUCUCUGUGGCCAGAGGUGACCACACUGGCCGACAAGUCGGCACCGGCCAUCACCCACUUCCUGCUCAACCUGAUCUGCCGUUAUGGUGUGAUGAAGAGUGUCAUCCUGCGGGAAAAUGACUCCACAAAGUUCAGUGACGUCCACAUUCGAUCUGAUCUGUUGAGCAAGGUUGGCAUUGAGAUAGACCUCGAGAACUUUGUUGUUACCGAGACAAAAGAGGUAUGGGAGGACUUGGAAAACUCCAUCGCAACAUUCGUCUCAAGUCAGCCCGAUUCCUGGAGCCAGUGCCUGGAGGUUUGCCUGAUGCCACAUCGAGUGUCUCGUCCCCAGAGAGCGGAAUAUACCCCAGCUUACCUGGCACAUGGAAGGGAGUUUCAUAUGCCUGUAGACCUGUCUCAUCAAGAUGCCAACUCAUACAUAGAGGUCAACACAACAAGCAAACAGAAGGCCGAGACCACUGCCACGCUCAUGGAGGUGCAUUCUGGGUACAAGGACGUUCUUCGGAAUGUCAACGCUCAUCACCGCGUGUCAUCACUCGGUGUGGGCACAACGCCCUAUGUGGCGUGUAUCGAACCCGGACAUUCAUUCCCUGUGGUCAAAGUUGCCAGUGUCACCUUGACGGGUGAUGAGGUGGAGAAGUACAAGCAGAAGGAUGCCAGGUCACUGCCGAGGAACACCCAGGUGAAGACAGUGUCUGUUACUCCGUCCAAACCCCUGGAGAAGGGUCAGAAGAGGCUGGUUGUUGUGUCCGUCAUGGAGAAACAACUUAAGAAGGGUGAAGACGUGGGGACGGGUGCAGCUGGUGUAAAGAUGGAGCAAGACGGCAGCGACAUCGAUGACGGGGCGUUGUCCACCCAUGACAUGGACCCCGACUAUGCCUCCACCCCUUGCUUGAAGAGAAGUCGCAGACAGGACAAGCAGACGUCGCUGCUACAGUCAGACAGAGUGACGCGUAGGUCGGGCAGGAGGACUGUGCUGCCUUCUGUGGCGAAGGCUCCAGUAGAAUCUCAGAUGGUGAUGGACCAUCCUGUGGAUAGAGUGUGCUCGUCAGGGAUGCAUGGCUUGGGAUUUGGGAUGGAAGACCUUGAUGCCUAUUACUCGGCCCUGGAGCAGUACAAGGUCAACGGCAAGUACCCUGACGGGUUUACCAUCCACCAGAAACGUGUCCUGCGCAAGAUCAGCCAGAGUUACUUCCUCCUGGAUAGUGUGCUGUACUACCUCCAGGGGGCCAAAGGGAAGAAGAAAGUUGUGAUCAAGACGGCAACACAGAGACUGGCAUUGCUUAGACGGGCUCAUAUCUCCGACACAGGUUCCCAUGUGUGUCGAACAAAAGUGAUUGACCGACUUGAUUCCUGGAACACAUAUUGGAAGGGUCUGACGUUAGACUGUGAAGCAUUUGUUCGAGCGUGCCCUUCUUGCCACCAUGGCAAGGAGAGGACACGAUCAGACCACAACACGACAGUCAGAAGGGCAGACGGCACCACAGAUGAAGAUGACCUUGACAUUGAACUUGAUGUAUCAGGAGACACCGAUGAUGGUCUGGAGGAGAGCUAUGACGACCUGCUGGAGUACCUGAAGAAGCAGAAGUAUCCCCUCAGCUGCAGCAAGAACUUCAAGUGCAAUCUGAGGAGGAAGAGCAAGAGCUUCGUGCUGAUCGACUCCGUGCUGCACUACGUCUCCCGACACAGCAGCGAGGAACAGCCAAGACGUGUACUCAUCUCGGAGGAAGACCGGACCCAAGCCAUCAGAGAGGCCCACUCAGAUCAGCACUAUGGUCGCAACAAGACAUACAUGGUGGUGCGUGACAAGUACUACUGGAAGGGAAUGAUGGAGGACAUCACCAACUUUGUGAAGAAGUGUUGCCAGAUGGAGGUACGUGGCCACGCUACGGAGGAGGAGCUGGUGAGACGCAGGACGCACAUGACAGACAGGGUCAACUGGUUCAGGGAGAAGAUUGCCAGUCAGCAGGAUGCUGAUCUGUCGGGUGAGAACGUGAUGCAGAUCCUGAUGAAGACUGAGCACAUGGAGACGGAGGAGGUGGACAAUGUGAGUGUGAGUGAGGUGGCUGCAGUGAAAACCCUGGUUGAUGUCUCACAGACUCACGAGGUGCACAAGGAGAUGGACUCACAUGGUGACCGUCCUUCCCACACAGCUGAUGCAGCUCAAGGAGCAGCUGGAGCUGGGGCUCUGAUGGACAGGAGCUGCCGCGAGGCAACAUCUCAGCAAUCUGAAAGAGACGUGCCUGUUGAUGAGGCUCGUGUUGAACAAGGAAAUUAUGUGAUAGAUGUGAAGGUGUAUAGUGACGAGAUGGAUUCUGAGCGUGCAGGAUCUCACAGUGUUGUUGUGGAAUCAGUGGAGCCAGGGAAGGGAGUUCCCCAACACAUUCCGUCCAGUCAGGAGGCUACCUUGGUGGUGGACGUACAAACCCCCACAAAUAGUAUAGUCAGUAACUCUCAGGGAUUGGACCAGUCCUCAUCCCCAUCCACAAGUGCUAUUAUUCGGGAACAAGGAAUCCCUGUGACAACUAGUCGGCCGUCGCCAGGCAGGGUGGAUAUGGUGAUGGUGCCAUAUGAUCAGUGGAACACUCCCGACCUGAAGAUGCUCAGUGACAGAGUCAGGAUGUCCAACCCAGGGGAACGUGUCAGUGUGGAACAAAUCCAAGACCAGGAACAGUCCGUGAUCCUGUCCAAAGUGAACAAUGCAACUAUGAGUUCUGGGAAUGCGUUCGCGGAGCUUGUAAAAGCCACAGUGGGGGACCUGGCUCAGGAGGACACAGUGGAGAAAGUUUUGGAAACUGCGUCAGCGGUUGCAUCCAUCCCUGAUCCUUCCCCAACAGGGGAUGCCCAGAUGGAGGUGGAUGAAGAAGAGGAGGAAGAGGAGGAAGAUGACUAUGCUCAGGAGGAAGAUGAGUCUGAUGCAGAGAAGGAAGUCAAGGAUGUUGAUGCUAAAUCCCAGGUGACAUCAGUUCCGAAGAAAACACCCAAGUUUAACUGUGAAAUCUGUGGCAAGGAGGUCAAGGGGGAAGUUACUUUCAAAAUGCACAUGUACAAGCACACCGGCAUCAAGCCCUUCACCUGCGAGAUGUGUCCCAAGAAGUUCAGCAACAACAAGAGUCUGCGCAUCCAUCUGCGGAAACACACGGGGGACACUCCGUACCUCUGUAAUCUGUGUGGCAAGGGCUUCUCCCGAGCAACAUCUCUGCGGUACCACCUGAGGGCUCACGAGGAAGGAGGGGGUGUACCGGUGUCGUGUGAUGAAUGUGGAAGGGAUUUCACCACGCCAAGUCGACUGGACAAACACAAAGCCUGCAAGCAUCCAGUUGAAGCCCCAGUGUUCCAGUGUGCGGACUGUGGCAAGGUGUUCACUGCACAGAGGAGCUUGAAGCGGCACAUGGUCUCCCAUCAAGGUAUCCGCCAGUACCAGUGUGAGGUUUGUGGGCGGGGCUUCUUCCGCAAGGAGUACCUCAACAGUCACCUCGCACAACAUCCCGAAGCCUUCGAUGUCCACGGCGGCCACAAGAUUCUGAAAAACCGCCCCAAGAAGAAGCAGGUUGUUGUUGACCUUGACCCCAACACAGGUUUACAGGUCCAGUCUGUGGUACAGGUGGCAGGGAAUCAGCCCGCGGCCCAGACGUCCGACUCAACGGCGUACGUGUUUCCUCAGGAGAGUGUCCAGUAUGAAGUGGAGUGUCUGACGAGCGAGUCAACUCUCACAGAGGCCGACCUCAAGGCCAUCCACUUCCUUGCUCAAGCUAGUAUACAUGGCCAGUUCUGAACAUCAGAAAGCCAACCUGCGAACUACUUCUGACAAUCAGAACAUCAGAGUAACCUGCUGCGGAAUAGUUCUGAAUGUCAGAAAACCUUGCUGCUAACUAGUUCGGAAUGUCAGAAUACCCUGCUGCGAAUUAGUUCUGAAUGUCAGAACGCCAUGCUAUGGACUAGUUCUAAACAUCAGACGGCCAAGCUGCGGAGUAGUUCUGAACAUGAGAACGCAAUGAUAUGGACUAGUUCUAAACAUCAGAUCCCCAAGCCGUGGAGUAGUUCUGAACACGAGAACGCCAUGCUAUGGACUAGUUCUAAACAUCAGACCCCCCAAGCCGUGGAGUAGUUCUGAACACGAGAACGCCAUGCUAUGGACUAGUUCUAAACAUCAGACCCCCCAAGCCGUGGAGUACUUCUGAACAUGAGAACGCCAUGCUGCAGACAAAUGGCACUGGGUUAUGGCAAAUGGCACCUGAUUAUGAUACUUAUCAUCAAAACAUUGUGAUACUGUGAAUAACUGGGUCAAGAGUUUAUAAUCUGUGUUUGCGCGCAUGUUUUUGAAACAUGGUAAUGAUGAUGAUGAAAUGAUCAUGAUACAUACAAACCAUAGGAUCUCCAAAGUGUUCUGAAAUUGCAUGUACAGUGUAUUUUACACCAGACUGAUGGGACCAUUGAUGACUGACAUGCUCCACAUUUAAUACUUGAUUCACAGUCAACAUGAUAAUCAUAUGAAAUAAUCACAGUAAUCAAAAUAAUAUUGAUCAACUCAGAUGCCUAAAUUAAUAUUAUAUUUGAUCAUGGCGAUGAUCAUUAUUAUCAUGGACCGUGUACUAUAUCAUUUUCCCGCUGUUUUGUUUUUUGGCAGCGAAACUCACCAACAUUUUAUACCCUGGAAACUUGCGAUUGUAAUCAUGGUAGUACUACUACACAGUUUAAUCUUCUUACAUGAUACAUGAUGCCUUGCUACGCUACCUUUGGGGCCAAAUAAUUGAUGAGCGUUAUAUAAGUGUAUCAAGUGAAGAGGUUGUUACGCAUGGAACAAGGGCUGGUCUGAGGGCCUGCAUUUACAUAAGACUUACAUUACAUUGCGUUGUUUGUGAUGUUGAAUAAAAAUAUGGGCUACCAUCUUUCAGUGGUAA